AUGUCGCAUUUCAGUCUGAAAAUAAAAAAAGAAGUCAGUAUUCUUCCCCCAAAUUAUGAAUCCGGUGAUCAGGUUUGUUUAUUACAUUUUGGGGAGUACAGCUGUUUGAUUUUCAAUAGCUAGGAAAAAAAAGAAGUGCAGGAUGCUCCCUUUCUAAAAGUAUAACAGAGGUCUAACAUAUGGAGACUUCCCCUGCCCUCCUGGGGUUUGAAUAUCCAGUGAAAUCUUGGGCAGAAGAAUGAUGCGGGGAAAUUGGACAACUGUCAGUGGGUUUGUUCUUGUGAGCUUCUCAGCUCUGUCCUCUGAACUACAGGCUGUACUCUUUCUCUCUUUUUUGGCCAUUUACAUGGUUACCCUAAUGAGCAAUGUCCUCAUUAUCUUAGUCACUACAGCUGACUCUGCCCUACAAAGUCCUAUGUACUUCUUCCUGAAAAACUUGUCCUUCCUGGAGAUAGGUUUCAAUUUGGUUAUUGUGCCCAAGAUGCUGGGGACUCUGAUCAUGCAGGACACAACCAUCUCCUUCCUUGGCUGUGCAACUCAGAUGUAUUUCUUCUUCUUCUUUGGGGCUGCAGAGUGCUGCCUCCUAGCCACAAUGGGAUAUGACCGCUAUGUGGCCAUCUGCAACCCUUUGCGCUACCCAGUCAUCAUGGGCCGCAGGGCCUGUGCCCACCUGGCAGCUGCCUCUUGGUUCUCAGGUUUUCCAGUGGCCACUGUACAAACUACAUGGAUUUUCAGCUUCCCAUUUUGUGGCCCCAACAGGGUGAAUCACUUCUUGUUUGACAGCCCCCCUGUCAUUGCACUGGUCUGUGCUGAUACUUCUCUGUUUGAACUGGAGGCUCUGACAGCUACUGUCUUAUUCAUCCUCUUCCCUUUCUUGCUGAUCUUGGGGUCCUAUGUCCAUAUCCUCUCUACCAUAUUCAGGAUGCCAUCAGCUGAGGGGAAAUGCAAAGCCUUCUCCACAUGUUCCUCCCACCUCCUGGUUGUCUCCCUCUUCUACAGCACUGCCAUUCUCACAUAUUUCCGACCACGGUCUAGCACCUCUCCUGAGAGCAAGAAGAUGCUCUCACUCUCCUACACAGUGGUGACUCCUAUGUUGAAUCCAAUCAUCUACAGCUUAAGGAACAGUGAAGUAAAGGCUGCAUUGAAGCGGGUCAUCCGCAAAACCCUGGCCUUCAGAAACUAAGACCAGGGUUUGAUGGAACUGAGGCAGCAGAAUGUAAGGAAAAAAGGAAAGAAAAAUUAAUUUCAAAAUGGGUUUUUGGUCUCUACUCCUACCAAGAUUCACAGUAUACAAGCUGGGAUUUUGGACUUUGCACUGGAAUUAGUUUCUGAAGGAAAGAACGUAAGUGAUAAAAGAAAGAACUAUACUAGGCCCAGUAUUCUGUGGGAUUGUGGUAUCAGUGACUCCAAGGAUGCUGCUAGUUUUCACAUAUUGGAAACUUAUCUGAUGGUUGAUAAAAUCAUUAAAUUUCUGCCACUUUCUAUUUAUUUUAAACUUUCUUCAACUGUGUCAAAUAUUUUGUAAUCUUCAGCAAUAUAUUCUUCUACUUGUCAAAAUACUCUGCAAAUUUUCAGGCCUUGUUGUUGACAAGGCAAUUAAAGAAAUGAUUUAAACAAUCUUUUUUUUUAGUCAUCAAAUCAUUUUUUCAGCAAAUAUUUAUUCAGCAACCAACAUGUUUCAGGCUCUAUUCUAGACCAAGAAGAUACAAUAGUAAACAAAACAGAUUUCUUGCCUCAUGGAGUUUACAUUCUAGCAAGAAAGAGAAGUAAUAAAGAGGUGCUUAAAAUCACUAGAGAUUUAUCAAGUACACAUGUUUAGAGGGCAGCAAUUGAUGAGUUUUUCCUUUGUACCAUAAUCAAUCUGUUUGUGCAAUGUCUGGAGAAAGAUGACUCUACAUUGACAAUUGCCUCAGUCUCAAAUUAUUUAUUUGGUAUAUGAGAGUUUCUUGACAGGAAUGGUGUACAGAAUGCCCCAGUCAAGUGUAAGUGGACAGGUUAUAGGAAACUGCUGUGAAUAACCCAAGGAUUCCCUGUUUUUUAGAUUUUCUUCUGUAAUCUUAUUUUGAAGAGAUGAAAUCGUCUUUUUUCAAGCUUGCAUAUCACCCAACCAACACAGAAACCCCUCUUUGUGACUUUUUCCAGUGAACUAGCCCAAUUCUUGACUCACAGAAAGCAGCAGCCAUGAGCCAUGGGAAAUGUAGCUUUGUGUAAACACAUCCUUGACAAUCCAUUGUUAAUUCACGGGGUAGGCACGUGCUCUCUACAAACUCUAUAGACAACCCUACCUCUGUGGGGUUGGCGAGAAGAUACCAGGGCAAGUUGAAUAUUUCAUACAAACUGUCUUUUUCCUCAUGUAGCAGGGGUCCCAGAAUGGCAGUUCAUUCUAAAAAAUCACCAGAAGAAUUUAUAAAAUGAAAAGACAACUCAUAGGGUCCAGUUUGCAUAAUGACAGUCACACAACUAAGCAGACUGGUACCAUUCUAAAUUUUAGACAAGCUUUAAUCAUUCCUCCACAAUUAUUUUACCUGAGGUUGGUGUGGUAGGGUGAAUACUGACUCCUCUUGGUGUCCAACUGGUAAUCCCCAGACUUCUGGAUAUAUUACCUUGCAUGGCAAAAGGUACUUUGCAAGUGUGAUUAAGUUAAGGAUCUUGAGAUAGGGAGAUUAUCCUGAAUUAUCUGGAUGUGCCCACACAAUCACAAGGGUCCUUAUAAGAGGAAAGCAAAGGGAUCAGGCUGAGGGAGGAAAAAGUACAAAGGUGGAAGGAGAGGUAAGAGAGGAGUAGAGGAGAUGCUAUACCACUUACUGGCUUUGAAUAUGGAGGAAGGGGCCUUGGGCCAAGAAACAUAGGCAGCCUUUAGGAGCUGGAAAAGUUAAGGGAAUGAAUUUACCCCCUAGAGCCUCCAGAAGGGCAUGCAGGCCUGCCACUACCUUGAUUUUAGCCCAAGGAAACUGAUUUUGAACUUCUGGCCUCUAGAACUAUAACAUAAUAAAUCUAUAUUGUUUUAAAACACAAAGGCUAGGGCAAUUUGAGGCCAUAUCCUAUUCUUCUCAGCUGAUGCCCCAAAUGUUGCCAUUCUUCCCUGUUCCACUCCUUUCCCCCUUCCAUCCAAAACAAUAACUUCUAACUUCUACUUCAAGAUAACUGAGGUGAUCAAACAUAAACGACUUCUUUUUAUGCCCUUACAUCUAAAAUCUGUCCAUCUAUGCCCACAUCUUUAUGUUUCUCUUUUGUCAGAAAAGAUGACAUGCUUUUCUUCUCCAUCUGCAUUCU